GAAUUUAAAACAUUCGGUACCUGUCUGUGACGUCACACUUGGCCGAUCUGUCAAAAAUCUACAGAGUGACAGUUUACCUUGUUUGUACUUUUUAUAACAAAAUAAAUUAUUGAUUGAUCUCAUUUUGCAAUAAACACAAUGUCUGUUAAUGAAAGAGUACGUGAAGAACUUGAAGCUUUGGAGGCAAUAUUGAUGGAUGAUAUUACUAUUACCUACAAUGAAGAAGGUUACCCUGUGCUAGUCAAAACUACAAUAUUCCCUUCAACAGCCGACGAUAUAGAAAAACAGUAUGUUUGUGUUACAUUAGAAGCUAAGUUACCGGAAGAAUAUCCAGAUACACAACCAAUUAUACAACUAAGGAAUCCCAGAGGCUUAGAUGAUUCCACAAUAAAUCAUUUGCAAAGAUCUAUUACAAAUAAAUGUGAUGAAUUUGUGGGCCAGUCAGUUAUGUUUGAAGUUAUAGAGUUAAUAAGGGAAACAUUAACUAAAAGUAAUUUGCCAACUUGUCAAUGUGCUGUUUGCUUAUAUGGAUUUACAGUAGGAGACAGUUUUACUAAAACUCCAUGUUUUCAUUAUUUCCAUUCCUAUUGUCUUUCAAAACAUUUAAUAACUACAGAGAGGAUAUACCAAGAAGAACAGGAUAAAUUACCGACAUGGCAAAAGAGCACUAAAGGAUUCCAGGCAACUUGCCCAGUUUGUCGUGAACAAAUAAACUGUGAUGUUGAACAGUUGAAAACAUCGCUUCCACCUAAAGACUUAGAAAAUGCUCAAAACUUUGAAGUUACCAAUGAUUUAAGAAUGUUACAAGCUAAAAUGAAGGAAUUGUUUAUCUACCAAAAGAAAAGAGGUGGAAUAAUUGAUAUUGAAGCACAAGAAAAUAAGUUACUAUUAAUUACUGAAUCCAAUGAAAAUUCAACUCCUCCUGGUGAAGAUCCAGGACCUAGUCUUACAAAUAAUGGUGCAAUGGAUGCUGGUGUACUUGGUGGCCAAAAAUGUGAUAGUAAAUUUAAUGUCAAUAGAUGACCAAGGCAUUCCAAGAAGUCAGUGACUAAAUUUAUAGGUGUCAUAUUCAAUAUAAUAUGUAUUUGUGCUCUCUAGAUAAGUUGCAUAUUAGGAAUACUCCUUUUUAAUUUUUAAUUUAUUUUUUAAAUUAAUAAACUGUAUAACCUUUA